AUGCCAGUUCCUGCAAAGGGGGCCUUACCCGCAUAUCCGGACACAGAUAUGAUUCCAAGUCAGCAAUCACCUUUCAGCAUCCCAGACACCUGCGAGAAACUGGUGGACGUCGUCGUCAGGCCAGUUAAGAACUUCCUGAAGAAUCUUCCAGACUUCCCCAAAAAGGCAGAAUCAUCCCACCCAUUCAGAGGCGGAGAGACAUCGGCUCAUAAGCGAAUCGACGAUCUCAUCAUGAGCGGCGGCAUGAAACGCUACAAGGACACCAGGAAUGGCCUCCUUGGACCGGAGUUCAGCACCAAGCUGUCUGCGUACCUCGCACAGGGAUGCGUCACCGCUCGCCAAAUCCACCACGCUUUGGUGGCCUACGAAGACGGAUCGGACACCAGAUAUCAAGGGGCCGAUGGGUUUGGAGAAGGGGAUAAUCAAGGCACGGAGACCGUCAGAAUAGAACUCUUGUGGCGUGAUUACAUGCGGUUGUGCCACCAAAAGUAUGGUGACAAGCUCUUCCGCAUAGAAGGCUUCAAUGGCAAGCAUACCGAUUACGAGGGCGAGGAUAAGAAGCACGGGUGGAAAACUGCGAACACGAGCAUAGCGUUGCCUGGACAAGACCCUACUCCUGAGAAGGUCGCGGACAUCCUUGCAAGGUUCAACGCCGGAACAACAGGCAUGGGACUCAUCGAUGCGUCGCAAAGAGAGCUUCUACACACUGGCUACACAUCCAACCGGGCGCGGCAAAACGUCGCCAGCUUCCUCGCCAAACACAUGGAGAUUGACUGGAGAUAUGGCGCAGAGUGGUACGAAAUGCUGCUUGUGGAUUACGAUGUGUCCUCCAACUGGGCCAACUGGCAAUACGUAGCCGGUGUAGGCAACGACCCUCGCGGCGCCGCCCGGAUUUUCAACCCUGUCAAGCAGGCGUUUGACUACGACAAGGAUGGUGUCUACGUUCGGGCGUGGGUUCCCGAGGUCGCCAGCUUUGAGAAUCUCGAGAAUGUUUUCCAGGCUUGGACAGCCUCUAAAGAGGACCUGAAGACGGCCGGCCUGGAAGACAACAUCAUGGUCACGGAUCCAGUCAAGCCUAUUAAGUUCAACCUUGACCACAAGCCAUCCAAGGUGAAGAAGCGGCCCUUCUUCAGAAAGAGAGGGCCCAAGAACCGAGAUGGCCAGGCGAGUGCGGAAAGUCCGGGCAGCAGUGAAGGAUUUGGUGACGGCAGUCCUGAUGGCUCUGGCGGUAGCAACGCCGCAACAGAGUCCAACGGUGCCGCCACAGGCACUUCUGACCAGGCCCAACAGACUUCUCAGGGUAGCAGCAGGUCACAGUCUUCAAGCAACCAUGGCGGGCGCUCGCACUCACACCACCACAACAACAACCACCACCAUAACAACCAUUACUCCCACCGCGGCGGCAACGAUUACUUCCGAGGGCGUGGAGGUCGUGGCGGUGGAGGAGGUGGAUACUCUUCGUCUCAAGGGUAUUACAACCUUGGCGGUAAUGUUGGUGGAGGUUACCGUGGCGGCGGACGGGGCAGGGGCGGAGGUGGGGGAUUCCGUGGCCGGUAUGCUCCUCCAAAUGGGGGACCAGGUGGACAUCAUCAUCAUCAUUCUGAGCAACAAGUACCCUCACAAGUCCAGGCUGACGCAUAG